AUGGGGCCAGAAAACAUGGCGUCCGUGGCAGCAACUGAGAACCAGUGGCUCAAAGGGAGGGUGAAGGCUGUUACCUCCGGAGACUGCUUGGUGAUCACCGCUUUGACCCACAACAGGCCUGGCCCACCACCGGAAAAGACCAUCACUCUAUCUUCUCUUAUGGCUCCUAAAGUGGCUCGCAGGGGAGGUUCAGAUGAGUAUUUUGCAUGGGAAAGCAGGGAAUUUCUAAGGAAGCUUUGCAUUGGAAAGGAGGUUGCUUUCAAAGUGGAUUACAAAAUAGAAGCUAUUGCUGGAAGAGAAUUUGGCUCGGUUUACCUUGGCAACGAAAAUCUUGCUAAGCUCGUUGUUCAGAGUGGUUGGGCUAAGAUAGCCUUGUCUAAGCUUUCUGAUACGGUGGAGGAAUGCCUGUACUAUGUACAGGUGAGACCGCCAGGUCAGCAGAAUCAGGAUAAGGUCAGUCCUUACAUUACGGAGCUGUUACAGCUUGAAGAGCUGGCUAAGCAGGAAGGGUUUGGGCUUUGGAGCAAGGUUCCUGGUGCAGCUGAGGCAUCUGUUAGGAAACUCCCUCCUUCUGCUGUUGGGGAUUCUGGGAAUUUUGAUGCCAUGGGUCUUUUAGCCGCAAGUAAAGGCAAGCCCAUGGAAGGUAUUGUUGAGCAAGUCCGCGAUGGCAGUACCAUCCGGGUCUAUCUUCUUCCUGAAUUUCAGUUUGUGCAAGUCUUUGUUGCUGGACUCCAGGCUCCAUCGAUGGGAAGGAGAUCUACACAAGAAACUGUUGUUGAGCCAGAUUGUACAUCAGCUCCGAACGGAGAUGCUUCUGCUGAGCCUCGUGGUCCUCUAACAUCAGCCCAGAGACUCGCUGCCUCAGCAGCGUCGUCCGUCGAGGCUUCCUCUGAUCCGUUUGCAAUGGAAGCCAAGUAUUUUACUGAGCUUCGUGUUCUUAAUAGAGAUGUUCGCAUUGUUCUUGAAGGGGUUGACAAAUUCAACAAUCUGAUUGGGUCAGUUUACUAUUCGGAUGGAGAAACAGUUAAAGACCUGGGUUUGGAGCUGGUUGAAAAUGGUCUUGCCAAGUAUGUUGAGUGGAGCGCAAACAUGAUGGAGGAAGAAGCCAAAAAGAAGUUGAAAGCUGCAGAGCUUCAAUGCAAGAAAAACCGGGUGAAAAUGUGGGCAAACUAUGUCCCUCCAGCUAGUAACUCGAAGGCGAUUCAUGACCAGAACUUCACCGGAAAGGUAGUGGAAGUUGUGAGCGGGGACUGCUUAGUAGUUGCUGAUGAUUCUAUCCCAUUCGGGAGCCCAAUGGCAGAGCGCAGAGUCUGUCUUUCUAGUAUAAGGUCUCCUAAAAUAGGUAACCCACGCAGAGAGGAGAAACCUGCCCCUUAUGCUCGGGAAGCCAGAGAGUUUCUCAGACAAAGGCUUAUUGGAAAACAGGUUAUCGUUCAAAUGGAAUACUCAAGGAAAAUCAGCCCAGCAGAUGGUGUUACUACUUCUGGAGCUGGUGAUUCUAGAGUCAUGGAUUUUGGCUCAGUGUUUCUUCCAUCUGCUACCAAGGCUGAUACAGCUGAAGCCGCUGCAGCAGCUGUUGGAGUUAAUAUUGCUGAACUCAUUAUUGCCCGUGGCUUUGGGACUGUGGUUAGACAUCGCGACUUUGAAGAAAGGUCAAACCACUACGACGCUCUUCUGGCUGCCGAAGCUCGUGCUAUUGCUGGAAAGAAGGGAAUCCAAUCUGCAAAGGAUUCUCCAGCCAUGCACAUCACAGACCUGACUGUAGCCUCGGCCAAGAAGGCUAAAGAUUUCCUGCCAUCCCUGCACAGAAGUAGGAGAAUAUCUGCUGUUGUGGAAUAUGUCCUGAGCGGACAUCGGUUCAAGCUAUACAUUCCAAAAGAAACAUGUAGUAUUGCCUUUGCAUUCUCUGGUGUCAGAUGUCCUGGCCGCGGUGAACCCUAUUCAGAAGAAGCUAUUGCUUUAAUGAGACGUAAGAUCAUGCAGAGAGAUGUCGAGAUCGAAGUUGAAACUGUGGAUAGAACCGGGACUUUCUUGGGAUCAAUGUGGGAGUCAAAAACCAAUGCAGGAACAUAUCUUCUUGAAGCUGGCCUGGCAAAAAUGCAGACUGGCUUUGGUGCAGACAGGAUUCCGGAAGCUCAUCUUCUUGAAUUGGCAGAACGAUCUGCUAAAAAUCAGAAACUGAAGAUUUGGGAAAACUAUGUUGAAGGAGAGGAAGUUGUAAAUGGUGGUUCUAAAGUAGAGAGCAGGCAGAAGGAAACAUUAAAGGUUGUUGUUACAGAAGUACUUGGAGGCGGAAAAUUCUAUGUUCAGACGGUUGGCGAUCAGAAAGUAGCGUCGAUUCAACACCAGCUUGCGUCUCUGAGUCUUAAAGACGCUCCCAUUGUUGGAUCGUUUAACCCGAAGAGGGGUGAUAUCGUCCUGGCACAAUUCAGCCUCGAUAACUCCUGGAACCGUGCAAUGAUUGUUAAUGCACCACGAGGAGCAGUUCAAUCUCCAGAGGACAAAUUCGAAGUGUUCUACAUCGAUUAUGGAAACCAAGAAACAGUUGCAUACAGCGCAAUUCGCCCCGUCGAGCCUUCAGUAUCCUCAGCACCAGGACUCGCGCAGCUCUGCAGACUUGCCUACAUAAAAGUUCCAAGCCUGGAAGAGGACUUUGGUCCUGAGGCCGGAGAGUAUUUACACAGCGUAACACUGGGCAGUGGUAAAGAGUUCAGGGCAGUGGUAGAGGAAAGAGAUACUUCAGGCGGCAAAGUGAAAGGCCAAGGAACUGGAACAGAGCUGGCUGUAACUCUCAUCGCUGUUGACGACGAGAUUUCUGUCAAUGCAGCAAUGCUUCAGGAAGGAAUAGCGAGGAUGGAGAAACGCAAGAAAUGGGAACCUAAAGACAAGCAAGCCGCUCUUGAUGCUCUUGAGAAGUUCCAAGACGAAGCUCGCAAAUCUAGGACCGGAAUCUGGCAGUAUGGAGACAUCCAAUCUGAUGAUGAGGACAGUGUUCCGGUCAGGAAACCUGGUCGCGGGUAA